AUGCACGCGUACCUCGCGCUCGCACUCGCACUCGUUGCGCCCGCGUUCGCUAUACCUCGAGACCGGCUCGGUUACGAGAGGGAGAUCGACACCAGUUACAACCAAGUUCCUAAAUUACUCGAUUACGUACUAAACGAUCAAUACCUCGCCGCGCAGAAGAAUAGAGCAAAUCUAAUAACCAGAACGAAACCUGAUGAUGUAGUGGCAUCAGACAAUGUGAUAUUGGAAUCUAAUGUAGUGACGAUUUUGCGGCCAUCAAAGAAGCAGGAGAGCGAAAAUAGUCAAGAGUUGGUGCGGCGACGGCGGGGAUAUAACUUGGAGAACGUGCGAGUACCAGCGAGGUAUCCCUACCUGCCUGUGCCGCAAUACAGCCGUUUUCGCCGAUGGGGCUAG